UCCAGAGAAGGCCACACCUCUUAAAAGCUGUUUGACACCCUAGCUUAUCUAAAGAACGUUACCUAUUUACGGUUUGUUUUUUCUCCGAAAGUGAUAUAAAUUUAGAUACGUUGAGUCAGAGAUGGCAACAAGCUUCAGAAAACCCAGUGCAAGUGCAAGUCAGCGGAGGAAAGCAGCUUUCAAACAGGAACUGACGGAGGAACAGAAGCAGGAGAUCCGAGAGGCGUUCGAUCUGUUCGACACUGAUGGUUCUGGCACUAUUGAUGUGAAAGAGCUUAAAGUUGCUAUGCGCGCACUUGGGUUUGAGCCAAAGAAGGAGGAAAUCAAGAAGAUGAUUGCUGACGUUGAUAAAGAAGGCUCUGGCAUCAUCGACUUCAAUGACUUUCUGUCCAUGAUGACACAAAAAAUGAGUGAAAAGGACUCAAAGGAAGAAAUCCUGAAAGCUUUCAGAUUGUUUGAUGAUGAUGGAACAGGCAAAAUUUCAUUCAAAAAUCUCAAACGAGUUGCAAAGGAACUUGGAGAAAACCUGACAGAUGAAGAAUUACAGGAAAUGAUAGACGAGGCAGACAGAGACGGAGAUGGAGAAAUUAAUGAACAGGAGUUCUUACGGAUAAUGAAAAAGACUAACCUAUAUUAAAAAUUCUCUUUUUUUCUUUAUCAUCUCUGCUCCACUUUCUUCUUGCUCUUAUUUUUCCAUUCAGUGCCGUUUUCAGAUCACUUUAUAAAAAUGGCAGUCUGAAAGAAAGAACUUGAAUUUUCUCUCCUUUUUGCACCAUUUCUGAAAAUUUGAUAUGCCUAUGUUUUUUUUCCAUUUAUAAGACUUGUAAAAUAAUUUAAUCUAUAAACAUUUUGUAUAAUACUGAAUAAAUGGUUUUGACUAAA